GAUAAAAUGGUAGAAUAUCAAAUUAGUUCGUUACAAAAACAGAAAUAUCGAGAAGUUGCAACGAAAACCAAAGAUGCGACUUACUCAUGCCAAAGCCAUCAUCAAACGCGUUAACUUUGUCGAAAUCAUCAUCCUCCAAGCCCGCUAAUGUAUUGCGUUCCUGAGCAAUGAAAGCUGCCGCUGGAUCAACUUCUUCUUCGCCAGCGCUGUCCGUACGCUGCUCUUGUUCAACACCAAAGGGAUCCAUUUUAGAGAUGUCAAAAAGUGAUGCUGUCGACGUAAGCGGUAACUCGCGCACACUCUCUCACUCACACACAGCGCACGCCACCACUCGCUCGGAUGAUCGGAUAGAGAAAAUCGAUACGGAUCUGGAAGCCGCUGCUUGAAUACCGAUACGCUUAAUUAGUCCACACCAAUGACAACAACAUCGAAAAGAUCCGUACUUACCAAAAAAACAGAUUCAAUUUUCGAUCUGAAAUUUAUCCGAAGUUAGCGCCGAAUUUUGGCACACUACAAGCGCAAGAACCGAUGCGAGGCAGAAUUAAUAUCGGACCACGUGAUCGUUCGCGAUGAAAAGCCGAGCCGAAAUGGCACGUGGCCUGAACUUUUCUUACAGUACGCGUUGGGAUCGCUUAACGUGGAGCAAACGCCUUCCGUUUCGCAUGGUGUAUUCCAAUGGAAAUGGCCUUGACGGUAGCGGUAACAACAUUCCAUUCCAGUCUAAAUGGAAGCGUAUUCAGUCGUCGAGCCGGUAUGUUAGUUGCUGGAAGUUUGUCCGCUCGAUCCUCUGCAAGUCAACAACCAACUUACUCCUUGAUUCGUCCAUGAAGGAAAAUGUGCGUGUGUUUGUCCGGUUACGUCCGACGUCCUCCCAAGAUCUACUGGAUACUAUUCAAACUUGCAAGCUGCCGUGCAAAUCUGCGUUCGAAACUGCGGAAUCUGUUAAUCUCCCUAACAAUGGGGAGGAAUGUACCACUCCUCGGGGCGGUAACAACGGUGCGACUUCCCACUUGCGACAAAUCUUGAAAGUAACAGUUCCAAGGCCGACAGCUACAGAUGGAACUAGCAGUCAUUACCGCGACAGCUUCCAGUUUCAGUUUGAUAGGAUUUUUCCCACAACAUGCUACCAGGAGGACCUUUUUGAGCACGUUGCACGUCCCCUGGUUGAUCGCGCGCUGGAAGGAUUCAAUGGAACAUUAUUUGCCUACGGUCAAACGGGAAGCGGGAAGACCUAUACAAUUACUGGUCCGUUAACUGGCUGCACCUCCCCGCAGUGCCAGUCCUUCGGGCAUGGCUGCUCUCGCUCCGAUUGCCAACAUGGCAUUAUCCCGCGCACUGUGUCUCACAUUUUCCAGAGCAUCGGUUCCAACUCGGAAGUAUCCAAUAUCCUGUCCAUAUCCUACCUAGAGAUUUAUAACGAGUCUGGUUAUGACCUUCUGCAUCCGCUGUGGGCGACGGCUGGUACAACUAGCGCUACCGCAGACGAACUGGGUCUACCGAAAAUCCGGCUGCUUGAGGACAGCGACCAGAAUGUGCACGUGGGGAAUCUGAGUAUGCACACGGUGGAAACCGCGCAGGAAGCCAUGACACUGUUGCAGAUCGGACAGACGAACCGGGCCCGAGCAGAGACGCCGGUCAAUCCCGCUUCUACUAGAUCACACUGCAUUUUUACCGUGAUAAUCAAACGCCGAGAACGGGAUUCGGCGGUGGUGAAGAUGGCCAAACUACACAUUGUCGAUCUGGCCGGUUCGGAGCGUGUUUGGAAAAAUGGUAUUGGCGGGCGGUGUCUGACGGAGGCGAAGUAUAUCAACUUAUCACUGCACCAUCUUGAACAAGUGAUCGGUGCGCUUGGCGAAAAGAACCGUAAGCAUAUACCAUAUCGGAACAGUUUACUGACAUCCAUACUGAAAGACAGUUUAGGCGGCAAUUGUUUGACGAGCAUGAUUGCCACCUGCUCGACUGAUACCGGGAAUAUCGAGGAAAGCCUGUCCACGUGCCGGUUCUCCCAGCGAGUUGCUCUUAUUGAUAACCAAGCUGUUGUUAAUGAGAAUCUGGAUCCGGCCGUUGAACUGCAGCUAUUGCGGAAACAGUUGGCUGAUUUAAAAAAGUCUUAUUCGAUGUUGUUGAAUGCUCACACGAGGAUGCAGGGAAAUCUUGUAGCGGAAAUGCCCUUUGAAAGCUCUGACGGCGAUGUAUCAGGUUCAAAUCAUCCCGCGUUCUUGACCCAACGCCUUAGCCAAGAGGAAAAAGACAUGUGUAAACGAUUGGUUGAUGAAUACCUGGCGGCGGAAACGGCUGUUCAUAAAUCCUUUGACGGAGAUACGGAAGAAUACGAAUUGCAUGUACCGGAUUUCGACUGGAGGAAAGUUCAGUACCUCUUCCGAAUUCUGAAGGAAAUGAUCAUCGCAAAACCACGUGACGCCCCUGCUCUUGGAGGGCAACUGCCUGACGCUUACCGUCAGAUUAAUGAAGACAAAGAGAAGGUCACUGAACUUCAAAAGACACUUCAGCAGCGGGAUAAAGAAUUGGCAAUAUUGUGCAAACUUUUGCGACAGGAAAAGAAAAGAUUCGACAGGUUAACAGAGCAAAAAAGUGGAAGAGUGCAGUCGGAGAACUCUACACAUGCUUCUGACCGGCAGGAACUAGCGCACGUUGACCACAAAGAAAAGAGCGGCAACUCUGCUACGAAAGCGGAAAUAACGCAAGCAGUCUAUGAAAAGAAGGCAACGGCAAGUAGUCCACCAGAUAUCCCAUGUCACACCGACAAAGAAAAAUGGCCAGAAUUCGUACCUAUAGACCUUGUUGCUCAGAUCCAAUUGGCUUCCGCCAAUAAAACCCUCUUGGAUGAUUCGAAUUUGAAACGUACCGCUCUGAUGUCGUUCAUUCAGUCGCACCCCGAGAAAGAUCGUUUAGAGCAACUGAAAGUUUCCUUGGUAUCCCGAGUCGAUCAAGCACGCCACCUUGGAGGUGGUAUUCGAGACCUGCAGAGUCAGCUCCAGAACGUACCUGCGGACAGCAACUUGCUACAGUCAACGGAGCAUCAACGUGAUGUGGCCUUGAAGCAGAUUCGCCUAAAGGCAAUGCUGGAGCAACUACGCUCAUUAAAAUCGGAGGUGGACGUCCUGGAAGCCGAAACCAAGGCAAGGAGCGGGGAGAUUCAACAGCAGUUUGAUCAGUGGUGGAAGUCGUUGGUUUAGAUAUGUUUUACAAAAACAUAGGCACGCUUCCCAUACGAAGGUCAAGAGUGCUGCUUAUAGCAAACUGUACAAGUUUGUUUAUGUACAUGGACCUGGCAGAAUGUCGAUGCUGGAAUCAUUGAUGGCUUUACCUAUCAAUCAGUGAUGCACGUCGAUUAACCGAACCUCAAGCUUGCGACAAUGACAACUACGACAAUGAUCCAAGCGGAAAAGAGGAAGCGGAGCGGGAUACCGACAUGAGCGGUCCACCAGAUAAGGAUGAGGUCAAGGAGUACAGCAACGUGAAAAAUAAACAGCACACCGCGACCCGCGGUCGUGACGAUCCCGAUUCUAGGUAUGGUGAAAGCUAAAUCCUCCCGUCAAAUCGCCCGUGCUUGUCCAAGUUGCGGCUAUUUUAAAUCAGCUUAUAAUGGUAAUAUCAAAUCGACAAUAUCUAUGUAUGAGAGUAAUGUCGGAAUUGACUGCUUGAAUUGUGACGAUUUGCCAUCUUUGUCGGCGCGCGUCGAGCGAUUCUUUGCAGCUUUCGAGGUACAUAUUUGUGGUCGCAGCUGUUAUUAAUGCAUAAUUAUAUCUCUUAUGGUUUUGUAAAACUGGCCAAUGUAAACAAGACCUAUUGUUUGGUGCAUGGUUGCAAACUGUUCAGGCUUGAGGCUAAAUGUAUCGCGGGACCGGUUUUGGCUGGGGAUGACAAGAAUAAACAUAAUUACUUGA